AUGAUCAAUGGGCUAUGGCAACUUGCCGGCGGGCACGACGCGGAUGUUGAUGUUGAGUCAGCCGCCAACGCCAUAGGACCACUGAUUGAUCAUGGCCUAUCCGCUUUCGACAUGGCCGACCACUACGGCGACGCCGAGCUCGUGGUCGGGGCGCACAUUACCGCCUCUGCCUCCGCACGACCCAUCACGGCCUUCACCAAGUGGUGCCCAGCCGAGAACGGCAUCAAGUCGCUCGCCAAUGCCGAGGCAGCUGUCGACCGCGCCCUGGCCAGGAUGAAGCAGUCGCAGAUAGCGCUCAUGCAGUAUCACAUCUGGGAUUAUAGCGACGACACAUACCUGUGCAACCUGGCGCACUUGCGCACCUUGCAGGAGCAGGGUAAGAUCCUGCAUGUAGGAUUGACGAACACGGAUGCUGCUCACCUGGAGCUGCUUAUCCACUCGGGGUAUCGCAUUGCUACGAAUCAAGUGUCCUGCUCACUCCUCGACCAGAGGCUGGUCCAGGGACGGCUAGGUAAGUUGUGUGCAGAAAACAAUGUGGGGAUACUAGCGUAUGGAACGCUGCUGGGCGGCUUCUUGAGCGAGAAGUGGGUGGAUGCGCCGGAGCCUACGGAGAUGAGCCCUCUCAAUUGGAGUUUGCGGAAGUAUCUGCGCUUUAUACAAGCGGCGGGUGGAUGGCAGGCUUUUCAGCAUCUCUUGAAGGCUGCGGAAGCUGUAGCGAAGAAGCACAAUGUCCCGAUUUCCGCCGUUGCGACACGCUGGGUGCUUGAUAUCCCGGUAGUCAAGGCGGUGAUUGUGGGCUCAAGACUCUCUUCAGACAGCGAGAAAUAUGCUAAGAGUAAUCUCGCAACUUUCUCUUUCUCGCUCGAUGACGAGGACAGGGACCUCAUCUCAGAAGCACAGUCAGGAUUGACGGACAUCCCAGGAGAUUGCGGCGACGAGUAUCGCCAACCGCCAUAUCUGACGGCAGCGGGCGACUUGAGCGACCACAUCAAGGAGACAGCCGAGCUGCGAAAUGUCGAGCAAGCUAUCGCUAAAGGACAUCGAGUCGAGUACCGUUCUGGCAGCAAAUGGGAGCCAAUAGCAGGCUACUGCCGCGCAGUGCGAGUCGGCGACACUAUCAGAGAGGCACUUGCCCCCGUUGUCAAACUGUCGCGGUACUCGACAUUAUCGCGCGCGCACUGA